UCGUUCGAUCUGGGAGCGGAAUCAAGGCACCUGCUUGGUGGAGGUGAAUAGAAAACGAAAAUCGAGAGUCGAAAGCGCCGGAACUCCGAGGUAGAGAAAUGGCGUCGGUGGUGCGGGGGAUUGUGAAGUCGAUCAAAGAUAAAGGGAUCGGCACUUUCUGGAGAGAGCUCAAGGAAGAAGGCUACUUGAAAUGCUUACCCGAUGGAAACCUAUUGCAAACCAAAAUUCACAACAUUGGUGCGACACUUGUGGGUGUUGAUAAGUUUGGCAAUAAAUAUUACCAGAAGCUCGAUGAAGAGACUCAAUAUGGAAGACACAGGUGGGUUGAAUAUGCAGAGAAGGGUCGAUAUAAUGCUUCUCAGGUGCCACCCGAAUGGCAUGGCUGGCUCCACUACAUAACUGAUCACACAGGAGACGAGCUUCUGAUGCUGAAACCCAGCAGGUAUGGAAUAGAACAUAAGGAAAACUUCUCUGGGGAAGGUGAAGAACUUAUUUACCAUUCCAAAGGACAUGCUCUUAAUCCUGGACAGAGAGAUUGGACCCGAUACCAGUCAUGGCAACCAACCAAGUCCUAAGUAAUGUCUAUCAAUCCCUUUCUUCAAUCUGGAAAUCCUUGGGAUAUUUGGUUUUGUUUCUUCUGAAUAAGCGACUUGUUAUCUUAUGCAAGCUGUGAAACAUUCAUCUUGUUUUGCUGCACAACACAUGCGAUGAAUUUUUCAGCAUGUUUCUGUUGAAAUUUUUAACAAAUUCAUUGUUGUGCCAUCUCCUUC